GUGCGCAUGCGUUCCGGAUUCUCAACCCCUGCGAUCUCCGCCCUUACCAGCAGGAAUUUCGGUUCCUCCAACGCAGUGUUUUCGGCGGAAUUCGGAGCAAACGAGUCCCAUGUAAUGUCGGAAAAUGUUUUUUUACACACGAUUAAAAGAGAUGCGUCGAUGAUGUAAUUAGAAGGUGAUCGGCAGGAUGUGGCAAAAGUAAGGAAAAUCGAUGAGCCUUUUUGAGUCGCUAUCGCUUCGGUUUUCACGAUGAAAGAAAUUUAUUGCAGCCAAACGCACGACGAUUAUGCCCAAACGGACGAUCUAUCCAACUAUUUGUAUUCGGUAUCGCAGAGAUUGCCGCCCUCGAAUAGCAGCUUUUCGAAUUUAGCUGGGAUUAAUGGCGGUUACGAUCAGAUCAAGUAUCCUGCGGCGAAACAAGGCGAUUGGGACGUGGAGAACAACCAGGAGGCCGCCUUGGAAAAGAAAAAAGUCAAAGACACGACCACAUCGUCUGUAUCGACUUCUAGUAUCAGCAAAUCUUCUUUGAGGAAUUUCGAAGAUUACCACGCAGUUAACACUUGCGUUUACUUGCACAAUCAUACGGCGGUCAUAAUAGAAAUGGAAGACAUGGAUUCAACAGCUGAACAAUUAUCAGAAGUGCUGAUGAGUAGCGAUGAAUUAGGGAUGAACAAGCAGCUAUUUUCCCAGGUGUUCACCUUGUGGAUGGUCAGUCCACUUUUAGAACUUCAACUUAAACCUUCGCAUAAACCUUACGACAUUAGAAAACGCUGGAAUUACCUGCUUGAACAAUACAGUCACGCUUCCUACUACAGACAACAACGAGACGAGUGUAGAUUAAUAGUACAAAGAAACGUGUUCUUCUCCCAACAACUCGAAGAAAAAAUUAAGGAUCAAAAAAUUAUAGAGCUGUUAUACGAAGAGGCGAGGCACAACGUCCUGCAAGGCAGGUAUCCCUGCGAAGAGGUCCACUACAUCAUGCUGGGGGGCAUACAGGCGAGGAUCGAGCUGGGGCCGUACAAUCCUCAACAGCACACGAUUCACUUUUUCCGAGAGAAGCAAGGGAAGUACCUGCCGCUGCACAUCAGGAAGAGCUCCACCUGGAGCUGGUUGCCGAUAAGCUGCAAGAACUCCGCGGAGGUGAAGCUGCUGGAGCAAUUCAAGAGGAUACCGAUUUCGACGACUAACAGAAAAUUGAUGAAGAAGUAUUUGGAGUUCUGUUGGUCUCUUCCCUUCUACGGUUCUGCGUACUUCGAAGGGCAAAUCGAACAACCAGUAACAGGCCUUACGUCUCUAAUGACCCAUCAAGACCAGCCGGUUUUAGUCGCAAUCAAUGCUGAUGGUCUCUACAUAAUGGACGACAUUAAAUAUGUGCUCCUGCUAGGUUUGAAAUUCGAGGAGUUUAGUUGGGAAUACGCCAGGCCCUCUAGAGAAGAAAACCCGAAUUGUUUGCCGUGUCUUUUCGUGCAAUUUAACAUCGUCGAAAACGGGACUACCGUUUCGAAAAUCCUGCAGAUAUUUUCGAGGCAGGCCAGCUUGAUGGAUACUUUGAUAACUGCGUUUAUGAAGCAGACGAGGAUGAAGAAAGAUGAUGAAACCGACAAACCGGCUGAUCAUGCUGGGGAUGUUGAAGGGCAUUCUUCUUAUAUUCUGGGAAGUUAUCCUUCGACUCUACCUUGCCUAAGUAAUAGGUUAAAUAGGUUGACUUUAGCGACGUUCGAUGAAGAUGGUCACUGUAUCGGGCAAAUGGGAUCAUGGUCGUUUAGUUUUUAGAAAAUUUUUUAAAACAAUUAAAACGAUUAAAGUAUUUUAUUUC